AUGGCAAAACGGACAGCUAUGGGUAUGGAAUCUGUUGUGAUAUUCUUGGAAUGUGAGGAAUGUCGAUUUUUUCAGGGCUGGGUCAUCUUCCUGAUCAUCCUGAUCGUUCUUCUGUGUCUUGCCGGUGCAGCUGCUGCCUUCUGGUUCUUCUAUUACAAAAGAAAGAUGGGCGGUCGUGAUGAAAAGAAGGAGAUCGAGUCGACUGUCAACACUGCCAAUACUGAACAUGAUAUCUCGGUGGAGACUUGUUGA